UCCGAUCUGAGCCGUCAACGAUCGAGUGAGCUCCCGAGUCAAUUUUCUAAAACAUGGCCACGAAAGCUUAACACCACCUGAGUAUCUCCUUCGGAGCUUAAAGCUCUCUCUCUCUCUCCUCUCUCCGCCUCUCUCUCUCUCUCUACAAUAAGUUCAGUAUCUCCAGUCUCAUUUUUUCCCUCUCCUCUCCUCUCUCUUCUCUUCUCUCUAAAAGCGUAAAACUUCAAGCCUCUCUCUUUCUCUCUCCUCAUUAAUCCGGCGGGAAACCUAUUUUUACAUGCAACAUACGCUCCCAUACACCGGCAUAGGGUUCAUCCCCUCUUUCCAUUCCCGAAUCUCUCUCUCUCUUUCUAUCUGACACUAUAACAGGCCUGUUUCCCUCUUUUCCAUACCCCAAACUCUCUCUCUCUCUCUCUCUCUCUCUCUCUCUCUCUCUAUUUCCAUGGCGAUUGCAUAAAUCCCUCAAUUUCUGAUUCCCUAUUUCCAGACCCAUCUCUCUCUCUCUCUCUCUCUCUCUCUUUCUCUCUCUCUCUCUCUUUUCCAUGGCAUUGCGCAAGCCCCACAAGCUCAUGGAAGAGGAAGAGGAGGCGGACAAUGAUACCCCAAUAAGGUAUCUCCCUCUUGAUCAUCUCUACUCCUCCACAUCUCGGUGCAUAAACCCUAGUGGCUCUACCAUGUCCAAGAAAAUUAAAGCCCGGAAACUCCCUGAUCCCUCUUCCCCUCUCAUUGUCUAUCAUCGUCGAGACAAAAAGCAGCGGCUUUAUCUCUCUAACUCACCCUCCAAUGAUUCCAUGACUGAUGAUUCGGAAUUAGGUUUUCGAUCCGAAAACUCUAAGAUAUGCAGAGAAUUGGGGCCUUCUGGUAGAGCUAGGAAGAAGAAAAGCACGGUGAAUCAAGAGCUUGCGAGCUUGGGCAUUGAUUCUAGUGUUAUGUUGGAUUUUGAGGGGUCGAGGCUUAGAGAGAGUAGGGUUAGAGAAGAGAGAGAAGUCAGUGCUAAACAUGGUGGAAGGAGUUCGAAAAGGGGUGGAAGGAGUGGGGCAAUGGGUUCUCGAGGUCCAACCAAAUCAUUAGUGGGCGAGUCUUCUUCUGCAACUAAGAAAUGGGUUGAGUUAAGUUUUGACAAUGUCGAUCCGGCAGCAUUUAUUGGCCUCAAAUGCAAAGUGUUCUGGCCGAUGGAUGAUGCCUGGUAUCGUGGUUCUGUUUCUGGGUAUAGUCCAGACACAAACCAUCAUCACAUUCACUAUGAUGAUGAGGAUGAUGAAUGCCUGCUUCUUUCAGCUGAGAAAAUGAAGUUUUUUAUCUCUCGUGAGGAAAUGCAGCAUUUGAACUUGAAAUUUAGAGAUCGUAGGACUGAUGCGAGAGGUUUGGACUAUGAUGAGAUGUUUGUGUUAGCUGCCGGCUAUGAUGACCAUGAGCUUGAUCAUGGGGAUGUCAUAUGGGCGAAACUUACAGGGUAUGCUGUGUGGCCAGCAUUUGUUAUGGAUGAAGUGCAUGCUAGUGCUUGUAAAGGCCUGGACCCACCUUCAAAGGGGUCUGUUCCAGUUCAGUUCUUUGGGACUUACGAUUAUGCAAGGAUCAGCAUGAAGCAUGUUAUCUCAUUUGUUAAAGGCUUACUUUCUAACUACCAUAUGAAAUGCAAUCAAGCACGGUUCCUUCGAGCCUUGGAGGAAGCAAAGAGGUUCCUUGAGGAACAGAAGCUUCCAGAUAUGAUGGCGCAAAUGCAGACGGGAAUUUUAGUGGAUAACCAUGAUGAUUUGAAUGCAGAGGAGAUGAGCAACUCAGAUGAAGGUUCCCCUACAGAAGGAACAAGUACUCAGUGCUUGAACCCUUGUCCAUUUGAAAUUGGAGAUCUUCGUGUAUUAAGCCUAGGGAAGAUUGUAAAGGGGUCUGAGCACUUUCACAAUGAAAGGCAUAUAUGGCCUGAAGGAUAUACGGCAGUACGGAAGUUUUUAUCAACUAAGGAUCCUACUAGGAGCACUGAAUAUAGGCUGGAAGUUCUGAAAAAUCCGCGGUCGAAGGAAUUUCCUUUGUUUAGGAUCACGCUGGAUGAUGGAGAACAGAUUGCCGGCUCCACUCCAGCUGCAUGCUGGAAAAAAAUUUACAAGCGCAUCAAAAUGACAAAGACAAAUUUGACUAAUGGCUUCCAUGCAGAAAAAGGAAAGGUCUUUAAGUCGGGCUCUUUGAUGUUUGGCUUCACGAAUAAGAGGAUUUCCAAACUUAUACAGGAAUUACCAAAUUCCAGAUUCUGUUCUAAAUUUUCUGGUGGGAAAUUGGCUUCUGGAAAUCACUGGGAUCUACCAACUGGGUACAGGGCUGUUCGUGUUGACUGGAAAGAUUUAGAUAGGUGCAAUGUAUGUCACAUGGAUGAGGAAUAUGAAAAUAAUCUGUUUCUGCAAUGUGAUAAAUGCCGAAUGAUGGUCCAUGCCAGGUGUUAUGGUGAAUUAGAUCUUUUGGAUGGAAAGCUUUGGUUAUGUAAUUUAUGUCGACCUGGUGCACCUAAAUCUCCUCCACCAUGCUGCCUUUGUCCUGUUGUUGGAGGUGCAAUGAAGCCGACUACUGAUGGGCGUUGGGCUCAUCUGACCUGUGCUACAUGGAUACCUGAGACAUGCCUUUUAGAUAUCAAAAAAAUGGAGCCAAUUGAUGGAGUGAACAGAAUUAGCAAGGAUCGUUGGAAGCUAUUAUGCGGUAUAUGUGGAGUUGCUUACGGAGCAUGCAUUCAGUGUUCAAAUAGCACCUGCCGCGUAGCUUACCAUCCACUUUGUGCACGUGCUGCCGGACUUUGUGUGGAGCUGGAUGAAGAGGAUACUCGUUUGCAUCUGAUGACUCUUGAUGAGGAUGAUGACCAAUGUGUUCGUCUCCUAUCCUUUUGCAAGAAGCAUCGGCAGCCAUCUGAUGAGCGUCCUCCUGUUGAUAAACCCACAGGGAAUGAUAUGCAACUUUGUUCAAAUUAUACCCCUCCAUCCAAUCCGUCAGGCUGUGCUCGCAGUGAACCCUUCGAUCUAAUUAGGAGGAGGGGAAGGAAAGAACCCGAAGCACUUGCAGCUGCUUCUGUGAAACGAUUGUAUGUGGAGAACAGGCCAUACUUAAUUAGUGGAUACCGCCAAAAUGGGUCUAUUGGCUAUGUACCUUCUCAUAAUGAACAAUUACCAGGGAGUUGCUCUCAAAGUUUUCAACAAUUGAAGAAGCCUCAAUUGGGGAGCCCUAAGAGUUUUAUUUCCAUGUCUGAUAAAUAUGAAUACAUGAGGGCUACCUUCAGAAGGAGAUUGGCAUUCGGGAAGUCAGCGAUUCAUGGAUUUGGCAUCUUCACAAAACUUGCCCAUAGGGCUGGGGACAUGGUGAUUGAGUAUACUGGUGAACUUGUGAGACCAACUAUUGCUGAUAUAAGGGAACACUUGAUAUACAAUUCAUUAGUGGGUGCUGGUACAUACAUGUUUCGGAUUGAUGAUGAGCGAGUUGUUGAUGCUACAAGGGCAGGGAGCAUUGCUCAUUUAAUCAAUCACUCUUGCGAGCCAAAUUGUUACUCCAGAGUCAUAACUGUUAAUGGGGAUGAGCACAUAAUUAUAUUUGCAAAGAGAGAUAUCAGUCAAUGGGAGGAGCUCACCUAUGAUUACAGAUUUCUGGCAAUUGAUGAGCAACUUGCUUGCUAUUGUGGCUUUCCAAGAUGUCGUGGGAUUGUUAAUGACAUUGAAGCAGAAGAGCAAAUGGCCAAGUUGUGCGUGCCUCGCCGUGAAUUGGUUGAUUGGAAAGGUGAAUAAAAAAAAGAUAAUACUUCCUUCGCGUCAGGGUUACAGUCUUGUUUCUUAUUCCUUUUGAGGCAAGUCACGAUCUUGGCACCAAAUGAUUUUUAUAUAUGAAGCAAGAGAUCCAUUUUUUACUUGGGAGCAUCCAGUCAAGAAAAGUUUGUAAGGGCCAUUUCUUCUUAUUUGUUGUGCUUUCUCCAUUUUUUUCUUGUAUUGAGAAACAUACUUUGGAUAAACAUGGCAAUUGGAGAAUCUACCAUGUGCCAAUAUUCGGAAGGAGGCCUAGCUGAAAUUGUGUAAGAUGUAUAGGUUUUUACUGUCAAUGAGAAAUCAAACUGCUUCUUAUUUCAAAUC